AUGUCUGCCAGAAACUCUGUUUUUCACCCUCCAAUCGAAUUCGCGCCACAGAAAUUCUCCAGCGAAGAUUUUCGCGACCAGACCGAAGAUGUCGUCUAUCAAUUUACUCCUUCUGCCGAUGUGAGCUUGAGAAUUACCCCAUUUGUCUUCAAAAAGAUCGAAAACUGCGCUGAAGAGCGGCUUUCGGUCAUUUAUCGAGAGAACUACUGGAGCUUCUGCGCGGGGAGCAAAAUUGAGCUUCACUUUCCACCAAAUCUUGCUUCCUGGAAAUUCGAGGUCGAAUGGGGGCAGAUUCAGCAAAUAGAUAGAUCAAGAGAUUCAUUCCAUGUCGAAGAAGGAAUCCAGCUGCUGCGAAAAAUGGAGAAUCACGUGAUCAAAGUCCUUAAAAUGGUCAAUAUCAAACCGUGGGCUUUCAAGCAUCAAAUGGUACCAAUCAAUCAAAUGAUCGCCUCAACUAAAUCUUCUUCCUGUCUCAUUCCUUUUGACUUCGAGAGCUACGGUGGCUCUUCGUUCAAAUCAUGGACCGAGGAGAACUCAAAAUUGAGUUCAAAUCCUUGCAAAUUAAUGAGCGCUUUUCAAGAGGGCUUGGAAAAAAUCGCUUCUGAUUUUGCUUGUCUUGAUGGAAUUCCAGAUUUUAUCAGUGGAAGAUGGGCGCUGAAGAUUGCAAAAUUGACAGAACGAGUUUGCUGA